AUGACGAUUGAGGUCGACAUUGUAAAGAGAGAGACCAUCAAACCCUCGUCUCCAACGCCCCCCGAGCUCAGACACUUCAAGCUCUCUCUUUUUGAUCAGUUCUAUCCCAUCUUUUACACGCCCCUCAUUCUCUUCUACGCCGGCAGCGACCCCAGCGAAGCUGCCCAGGAGAAGUCGCGGCGGUUGACGACGUCGUUGCCAGAGGUCCUCACUCGCUUCUACCCGUUCGCGGGACGGAUCGUGGACAACUUGUCGCUGGGAUGUGUCGACCAAGGCGCUGAGUACUUGGAGGCAGUGGUAAAUUGCGAUCUCUCUCGAGUCCUCAAAGAACCUGACACGGCAGUCCUCAGGACGUUUCUCCCUGCCACAGCAGACAUCGAACGCGCCGAUGCCACGACGAUGCCGUUAGUCCUCGUGCAGGCCAACUUCUUCGAGUGCGGCGGAUCGGCAAUCGGCCUUUGCGUCAUGCACAAGGUGGCUGACGCAGAGGCACUGUGCACCUUUGUGAACGCUUGGGCUGGCACGGCCACUGGGGCCAUCACUGAGGCCAUGAUUCCGGAGUUCCGCACGGCAAGCAUGUUCCCGCCUCUGGAUUCUCUUGCCAACUCCUUUCCCUCCAUCGUGCCAGCAAAGGAGAAGUGCGUCCGGAGAAGGUUCCUCCUAGAAUCCUCAAAAGUCGCCGCUCUUAGGAAGAGAAUCGAAGGGCCCGGAGGGCCGGCGUCGACAGCGGUCGAAGCUGUGUCGGCGCUGCUCUGGAAGUGCUCGGCCACAGCAUCGAGAAAGAAGAAGGCGAAUCUCAACAAGAUGGAGACUCCGAGGACGACCAUGCUGUCGCAGACGGUGAACUUGCGGAGACGGAUGGAGCCGCAGCUGCCCAGCAACCUGGCGGGGAACUUGGCAGGGUACUUCCUGACCCGAGCGGACGAGAGGGAGAUGGAGAUGCGCGUUCUGGCGGUUCGGCUUAGGGAGGCGCUGGAGGGCUACUGCGAAAGCCAUGUGAAGAGGCUUCAAGGGGACGGCGCAUGCGCGGCCAUAUGCGAAGAAACUAAAGAGUUUGGCGAGUUGCUGGGGAAGAGCCUGGUUAUGGAUGAGAUGGACUUCUACAGCUGCACUAGCUGGUGUAGAUUCCCUUUCUACGAAGCUGAUUUCGGUUGGGGGAGGCCGGUCUGGGCUUGCCAGGAGAGUGCGGACUGCCCCAACUUUUUUAUGUUGAUGGACGCCAGGGACAGCGGUGGGAUUGAAGUUUGCUUGACUUUGCGGGAAGAGGACAUGGCCUUGUUUGAGCAGGACCCGGAUCUCCUUGAGUUUGCUUCCCUGAAUCCUACCAUUCGCGGGUGA